AUGGCCCUGUACGACGUGAUCCUCUUCGGAGCAUCCGGAUUCACUGGGUCACUGGCCCUCGAGUUUCUUCUGCAGAAGCCGGGCCUCAAGUUUGCGAUUUGCGGUCGAAACCGCGAGAAGCUCGAGAAGAAGAUCGAUGGGGCCUCUUCCAAGCCGGACGUUUUCGUGCUCGAUGUUGUCAGCGCCUCUCAGGACGACGUCGAGGAGGUGGUGAAAAAGGCCAGGUGCGUGGCCACUGCGAUCGGCCCGUUCGUCGAGUACGGCGAGCCUCUCGUCAAGGCCUGCGCCAAGCUCGGCGUGGACUACGUUGACACAAGCGGCGAGUCUACAUUUUUCCGGAUGAUGAUCGAUAAGUACGACGCCCAAGCAAAGGAGAGUGGCGCUCGUAUUGUCGUGCAUUGUGGGCAGGAUUGUGUCCCAUGGGACUUAAUGGUGUGGAAGUUGUGGAAGCACUUGGGUAGUGAGCUCACCGGCGUGAAGAUCCUCGCAGAGAUGAAGUCGAGGCCCAGCAACGGAACCCUCCAGACGGCAAUGUUGAACAUGAAGUCCAAGCCGCCGAGAGGGGGGCUGGGCUUCGACCCCCUGUAUCUCGUGGACGGGAAGAAGUCGGAGUAUGGCACCAAAGUGACGCUGCCCAAGGGAAGCCAGUUUUACCAGGAGGUCGGGGCGAAUGGCAGCCCGUGGGUCAUGGGGCCCGUGAUGGCCAACGCGGUGCGGCGCACGAACGCGGUACUGCAGAUGGCCCCUGAUCUCGAGUACCACGAGGCCCUCCUGGACAGCAGCGACGUGGGCAUGACAGGAAUGUUCCAGGUAGCCUUCGGGAUGAGCAUGUACCUCCCCUUCACGAUGGGCCUCUGGCGCAGGCUCGGGGCGCUGCCAGAGGAGGGCGGUGGCCCCAGCAGGGAGGAGAUGGCGCAGGGCUUCCUGACCGUCACUGGGUACGCCUCCACGAAGGCCAAGAGCCCCAGCUGCAAGGGCGUCAUGAAGUUCUACACCGACCCAGGUUACAAGGACACCGCGCGCAUGUUCGUCGAGGCGGCCCUCGCCCUCAACGACUUGCCAAAGGCGGAGCGGGCCGGUGGCGUCCUCUCUCCGGCGGCCGCGUGCGCCGAGAAGUUGUUCGACAGGCUGGUGGCCGGCGGUACGACGUGGGAGUUGACCGAGCUGUAG